AGCCCGAGAGCAGCAGCAGCAGUUAUCCUGUUGGUGUCUCAGUCAUUUCAUACAUCGGUCUUGAUCCAGUGAAAAUAAAUGCCUGUGAAGGGUUGAAAUACAGUUUAGUGUAGCACGAGAAGUGUAUGAGGAGGCUGGUUGUUCUGAACGGAACGCAACCGGGUCGGGCUGCCGUCAGCUGACAGUCCGCUCCUGCUGCCGACAUCUUGCCUCCGACCCGGACGAGACGGUGGAGCCCGGUUUUCACGGUCAAACGCCGUGAUGGAGUGACGGCAGGGCCGGAGUGACUCUCUGUGAGGCAGCCCCGGAGGCACAGCAGCAUCUCUGCGGAGCGGCGACUCUUCGUUAUGAGCAGCUCAGACUGACUGCCGGGCGUCGGCCAUGAUUGGUGGACUCUUCAUCUACAACCACAAGGGGGAGGUGUUGAUCUCCAGGGUUUACCGCGAUGACAUCGGGAGAAAUGCAGUGGAUGCGUUUCGAGUCAACGUCAUCCACGCCCGGCAGCAGGUCCGCUCGCCGGUCACCAACAUCGCCCGGACCAGCUUCUUCCACGUCAAACGCUCUAACAUCUGGCUGGCAGCCGUCACCAAGCAGAACGUCAACGCCACCAUGGUGUUCGAGUUCCUCUACAAGAUGUGUCACGUCAUGUCCGCCUACUUCGGCAAGAUCAGCGAGGAGAACGUCAAGAACAACUUUGUCCUCAUCUACGAGCUGCUGGACGAGAUUCUGGACUUCGGUUAUCCUCAAAACUCAGAGACUGGAGCUCUGAAGACCUUCAUCACUCAGCAAGGCAUCAAGAGCCAGCACCACACCAAAGAGGAGCAGUCGCAGAUCACCAGUCAGGUGACGGGUCAGAUCGGCUGGAGGAGAGAAGGAAUCAAAUACCGACGCAACGAGUUGUUUCUGGACGUGUUGGAGAGCGUCAACCUGCUCAUGUCACCACAAGGUCAGGUGCUCAGUGCUCACGUCUCAGGUCGGGUGGUGAUGAAGAGUUACCUGAGCGGGAUGCCUGAGUGUAAGUUUGGGAUGAACGACAAGAUCGUCGUCGACAAGCAGGGAAAAGGAGGAAGCGCAGAGGACGGCAGCAAGAGUGGUAAACAGUCGAUAGCCAUCGACGACUGCACCUUCCAUCAGUGCGUCCGCCUCAGUAAGUUUGACUCUGAGCGCAGCAUCAGCUUCAUCCCUCCGGACGGCGAAUACGAGCUCAUGAGGUAUCGAACCACCAAAGACAUCAUCCUGCCCUUCAGGGUCAUCCCUCUGGUCCGAGAGGUCGGCCGCACCAAGCUGGAGGUCAAAGUCGUCAUCAAGUCCAACUUCAAGUCGUCGCUGCUGGCUCAGAAGAUCGAGGUCCGGAUCCCCACCCCCCUGAACACCAGCGGCGUCCAGCUCAUCUGCAUGAAGGGAAAAGCGAAGUACAAAGCCAGCGAAAACGCCAUCGUCUGGAAGAUAAAGCGCAUGGCGGGGAUGAAGGAGUCUCAGAUCAGCGCAGAGAUCGAACUGCUGCCAACCAACGACAAGAAGAAGUGGGCUCGACCUCCCAUCUCCAUGAACUUUGAGGUGCCGUUCGCUCCGUCGGGUUUGAAGGUUCGGUACCUGAAGGUGUUCGAGCCGAAGCUGAACUACAGCGACCAUGAUGUCAUUAAAUGGGUUCGCUACAUCGGACGCAGCGGCAUCUACGAGACGCGCUGCUGAUCCCGCCAAGGCUGAUGAGAAGGAAGGAAGGACGCCUGCGACAUCGUAGUUGUUGUGUGUGUGCGAGUGAUGUGAUCAAAUUGUCUUCAGGUGGGACAUCAGUUCAGGUGGUUUUCAUUCAGUUCGUGGUGACAUUUUUGUAUUUGCUUCAUUUCACACGUCGUAUGAGCGCCAUGUGGGGACGCACGUCAGCCAAUCACAUUCCAGAACACCUCAGCAGUCUUCACAGCUCCAAAGUUUUGGCUUAAGUUUUGGUUGCUGCAGAUUACAUUCAGAAGAGUCAGACCAGAGUGAGUCCUCCUGUCUCAUAGUCAAUCUGUGUGGUUACCCAGCAUGCUUCAGUCUCACUCCGUUUUAACAUGUUUGCUUCAUUUCAUUUCUUUUUUAUUUUUUUUUUACUGUUUUUGUAUCCAGAUAUAAGAAGUCGUGUGUGUGUGUGUGCGUGCAUGUGU